CAGCAGUUUACUAAAUUAUGAUGAAGAGACCGAAGAAACAGCAGGUGUGGCACGCUCUAACAUUAAGCAUGAUCAGAAAAUUGAGCUAUGUAAAUGGAAUAUAGAUUAUCUUAAAGUAAUCAUCCGAGAAAAUCUGUCAAUAUUGAUAGAACAUCUUUACGAAGUAGCUGUUAUAAACGAGGUAGACAUGGAAGAUAUUGACGUUGCCGUAAUGGGAAGCAAACAGAAUGGCGCAGAAAAACUGAUAGCAAUUUUACAACAACGUGGCCAAAACAGUUUACCACAAAUAAUAUCAGUAUUAGAAACAUGCAAUCUCCCUUAUGAUGUUGAAAAACUAAAUAAAGGCAACAUCACAAGAUCGACUGAGACAACAUCACGAGAUUACGCAUCCUAUAAACAAAAAGAUAUAAUAAUUGAUCACAUGAAGGCAAAAGAAAGAGGCCCAAUGACUGGUGAGGAUCGGACACGGAUGGAGAAAGUUAAAUUGAAACUCAUUGACGGGAUCAGUGAUCCCCAGCCUAUAUGUGACUACCUGGCCGAUGAAGGUAUACUUUUACCUGAAGAUAAGCAUAUGGUCGACAUGGUAGACUCGCCAAUAAAGAAAACCAUCAAGCUGUUAAACCUCCUAAUUAAAGAAUAUAAAGGCAGUUUUCCAGUCUUUGUGAAAGGUUUGAAAGAAACACAUCAUUCUGGUUUGGCCAAACUUUUAGAAGAGUGUCCCAAUGACGAAAGAAAGGAAGAAAUAAUUGAAGAGCCUAAAGAUUUUAUAAUCAAGCAAUUGGAGACACAUAUUGCAUCUGGGAACAUCAAUGAAGUAGAGACAUUACUAAAACAAAUACAACCUGCUGAUAUGAGCAAAUUAAACUGUGAAUUUAUUAAAUUGACUAAUAAGGCAAUAGUUGGGGGAAAUUUACCACUAUUGCAAUGUUUAUUUACUAACUGUCUAUUGUUACAAUCUGAUAUUAAUCUUAGUUUGGAAUUUUUAACAAGCGCUAUAAAAUCUGAUUUUGUUGAAGGUAUCAAGUAUCUGUAUUCUCAUGGAUUAAGUUUACAAUUUCGACAUGAGGGUAAUCUAUGGAGUGCUUUAACCAAUGGACUGGACGUGGAUGGUUAUACUCCUUUAACGUAUGCUAUAGCAGCUGUACGAUAUCGUGGUGAUAAUAUCGAUACAUGUAUAAAACUAAUCUCAUUACUAAUUGAACAUGGAGUUGAUAUUAAUGGAAUGGACGGGAAUGGUGAUACUCCUUUAACACUUGCUAUACAAUAUCAUCGUCAUAAUAUCGACACAUGUAUAAAACUAGUAUCAUUACUAAUCGAUCGUGGAGCUAAUAUUAAUGGAAAUGCCAGGGGUGGCAAUACUCCUUUAAUAUAUGCUAUAAAAUAUCAUAUUGGUAAUAUCGAUAGAGAUAUAAAACUAAUUUCACUCCUAAUCAAACAUAGAGCUAAUAUUAAUUUAAUGGACAAUAUUGGUUAUACUCCUUUAACUUACGCCAUACGAUACCAUGGUGAUAAUAUCGAUACAUGUAUAAAACUAAUAUCAUUACUAAUCGAACAUGGAGCCGAUAUUAAUAGAGUUAACAAGUUAGGUGAUACUCCUUUAACACUUGCUAUACAAUAUCAUGGUGAUAAUAUCGAUACAUGUAUAAAACUAAUAUCAUUACUAAUUGAACAUGGAGUUGAUAUUAAUCGAAAGGACAGGGAUGGUAAUACUCCUUUAAUAUGUGCUAUAACAUAUCAUAUUGGUAAUAUCGAUCCAUGUAUUAAACUAAUUUCACUCCUAAUCGAACAUAGAGCUGAUAUUAAUGAAAUGGACAAGAAUGGUUAUACUCCUUUAACGUAUGCUAUAGCAGCUGUACAAUAUCAUCGUCAUAAUAUCGAUACAUCACCAUGUUGUAAAUAA